UGCCGCGGCCCCGCUGCCGCCCGGCCCGGCCCGGCCCGGCCUGGCCUGGCCCCGGGGCGCCCUCGCCGGACCCUCCUGUGUGUCUCCCUGGCCGGCUCCCGUCGCGUCGCCCCGGCUCCUCUGGCUCAUCGGACGCCCCGGCCCGGCCAUGGCGGACUUCGAUGAGAUCUACGAAGAGGAGGAGGACGAGGAACGGGCGCUGGAGGAGCAGCUCCUGAAGUACUCCCCCGACCCCGUGGUGGUGCGCGGCUCUGGCCAUGUCACCGUGUUUGGACUAAGUAACAAAUUUGAAGCAGAAUUUCCUUCAUCUUUAACUGGAAAGGUUGCACCUGAAGAAUUCAAAGCCAGCAUCAGUAGAGUUAACAGUUGUCUUAAGAAGAAUCUUCCAGUUAAUGUGCGAUGGCUACUAUGUGGAUGCCUUUGCUGCUGCUGCACUUUAGGUUGUAGUAUGUGGCCAGUUAUCUGCCUCAGUAAAAGAACACGAAGAUCGAUUGAGAAGUUAUUAGAAUGGGAAAACAAUAGGUUAUACCACAAGCUGUGCUUGCAUUGGAGACUAAGCAAAAGGAAAUGUGAAACGAAUAACAUGAUGGAAUAUGUCAUCCUUAUAGAAUUUUUACCAAAGACACCGAUUUUUCGACCGGAUUAGCAUUCAAUUUAUUUAUAGAGACUUAUUCAAGUAUGUUGUCUUUCCAAUGGUGCCUUGCUUGGUGCUCUCCUGGUAGUGACAUAACUUUGGUUCUACAGAAUCUUGUGGUGGUUUCAUUUGGUUUUUGUUUGUUUGUUUUGGGUUUUCAUGUUUGUUUGUUUUGGUUUAUUUUUUUGUUGGUUAGUUGUUUUUUGUGGUUUUUUUUUUUUAAUAAGAGUAUGUUCUAAGUGUAUUUGGUCAAACUCUGCAAAGUAAUUUCAUACAAAUGUUAAUUACUACUUAAGUUAUUUUUACUUUUGCUACUUCUGUUUAUUAAUGUAUCUUGAUUUUCAAAGGAUCUUUUAUAUGUGUGCGCGCGCGUGUGUACAUAUAUAUUAUAUAAAUACACAACUGAAAAUAAUAUACAAGUGAACAGGUAUUUUUUUAUCCCUAUAUGAUACAACUGGUUGACUGUACCUUGUGUAAAUUCCUUUAGUAAUUCUGAAGUUGCUGAAGUUCCUUCUAAGAUACUUGGAAGCUUCUGUCAGUGACUAGUCAAUUGUAAAUACUUUUAUUUCUUUUAGGGAUAUUGAUUAGUCUCUUCCAGCAAAAGAAGGAGACAAAGUUAUUUUUGAAACUGUGAUUUUUGGAAUCCAGAUAUUGUCAGUAGAAAUCUCUAUGCUUUUCAUGAAGAAGUCCUGUCAACUGGUUCUGAAAAAGUUUGGCUUUAAAAAAUUUAAAAAAAUAAGGCAGCCAAGUGGAAUUAUUUUACUCAGACUAGAAGAAUCACUGAGAGCAUUGCAUGCAUCUGGUUAGUAGAAUUCAAGAUCACAAAAGUAUAUUAUUAUUGCAUUUUAUAAUGUAGCUGUUUUAAUUCAGUCAAUUGCCAUGUACCAGCUUUAUUCAUACUGUUUACCAGAUCUUGUACACAGAGGUGCAGAAGGACUUGUUUUAGUAGAACUUAAUUGCCCAAGAAAACCUUUCAUGGUUGUUUUUGUUUAUUUUAAAGCCACAUACGCAGGAAAAAAGUUAUUGAAUUCUUGAACAGUGCAGUUCCAGAUGCAAAUGCCAUGUAUUAAAGUAAUCAAAGCAGGGUGCACUGGGCAAUGGUGUAUGUUUAAAUGUGUUAGGCAGUUAUUUAUUGCACCCUUUCUUUUGCUCAUUUUGGUUUACAAAGUUUAUUUUCUGCACAAGUGUAAGACUUUUAAACUGGAUACAUGAUGUAUGCUUGGGUCAGGCCAGUUGUAUUUCAUUUCUUCUGAUUAUACUUUAGUUUUACAUAUCUUCACACAUAGCUUUUGGGGUUUUUUACUUGCAACUCUCAUAACUGUAAAAUUUACUUAGGUGUCUGAAAUUACUGUACACAAAAUUGAUGUAAGUUAAGAACAUGUUCCUUGUACAGUUGUGUUAGCAAGCAAUAAUGUGAAUAUAUUAAAAAACCAGAUAUACUCUGCUUAAUAUUUGUAUGAAUGAAAAGUUGAUACCACUACAAGAAUAGUCUUCUCUUUUUAAUCUUUUAAAUACAAGUUUUAUUUCAAGGUCAUGUAUUACAGGUACCUUGAUGCUGUGAACUAUUUUUCUAUGUCUUCAAAAUAUUUAUUCUCUGUAAAAUAUUCCCUAGUGAGUAUUAUAUUCCUAAAUUGUUCAUAGUGGGAGUGGUCUAGAAAGUUUUAAGUUUUCUUAAAUCUAAGCCUUCUUUAUCUGUUACCAAAAUUCAUUUUUUGCACAGCUUUCAUCUGCACAGUGGAUUCCUACUGUUCACUUUGAAAAUAGCUCAGCUAUACUUUUCAUACGAGCCUACAAGGGUGUUUCUUUGACUUGACAGAAUAUGAUUUUUCAUUAACAAAUCCCAGUUUUGUGCUGGCCUCAGUCUUCUGAGUACCACCCAUGCUUUCUCUACGAAGUAACUGCUUAUAAUUUUCUAAAAAUCAAUUUCAACCUCUUCUUCAGUACAAAUCUGGGUCUGCUGCACUACUCUCACCCAGAAGUAUUAAUUAUAACCUUGGACCAGUUUCAGCCUGUGGGAGGACAGAAACCUAACAUUGAUGGCAGCAGAGACGGGGGAGAUUGGAGGUGCAGAGGAGAGGCUGGAAUUGAACAGAAGUGAUAACUGGCGAUAAAUACAUAUGACCAGAAAUAUAAUUGAUUUCUUUUGUGUCAGUUUUCAAUAAAAUGAAUAUUGAAUCAUAUGAGGCCUAAAUUUUAUAAAAAAAUUCAUUUGACUAUAGAGAUAAUUUGUGUCAUGGAUGCAGUUUUCCACUGAUGUGGAAACCUAUCCCUUCACUCUGCUGGAGGAUGUGGCUUCUGAUAUGUCCAUAGCAGCUAUUUGCCUUAGUUUACUUCUCAAACUUCCCAUAGUAUGUUCUGUCCACAUCCACAGCUACCUUGGCAGCAGCACCCAAACCCAGGGACAGUAAAGCUGCUUUGGAUGUGAUGUGUGCUGAGACCAGAGCAGUGAACAGAGUGUAGCUUACAGGUUUACAGAGUAUCCCGUUAGUAAAGCUUCCACAUGAACAGUAGUGAUGUUUAAGAUCUUGUCUUCUUCUAGGUGCAUCAGCAGUCAUAGGCUUGGUUAGCAGGCAAUUCUAUAUUAUACCUGUGACUUUCUCUUUAAGAAAUAAAAUAGAGAUCCAAAGCAGAGCUCCGAGCAACUAAAAAGUUAAAUCUCUUUGUAAGGAGGCCAGACUUACUCCCUCAAAAAGUAUUUUGGAUAUUUUAUUAAUACAAUGUCUCUGACUUAAAAUAUAAUCAGGAAAUUUGAGAAAAUGCCUAUAUUGAGAGAUGAAUUUUAUCUCAGAAGUGGUACUCUCCUGAAGAAGUAGUACACUCACCUAGUAAGAAUGUUACAAAACAUUUUCAUGCAAUUCCUUUCAAUUCAUUAAUUACAGUGAUGGAAAUUGAAGAUGGCAGGAGCUUUAAUCAACUGUUUAAUGCCUGCGGCAGUUGUCAGGAUUUUCUUUUGAUGCUGCUUCUGAAAUACUAAAUCUAUUUAUUUUGAUUGCUAUUGAGAAGACAUAUAUUACCUUUUUUUUCACUUGGCAAAGACCAAAAUUGCACAGUUUGAGCAGACCAGAAGCUAUAGUAGGACUUCCAGGACACAGCCUACUCUUUGCUAAAAUAACUAUUACAUUAUACUAACUUGUUUAGCUUCUUGCAACUCAGCAGUUCCUAUAAAUAAUCUUACCUAUUUCAAAUUUCCUUGAACAGUUAAGUUAGGUAUCAAGUUGAUCAUAAUAAUUUAGCAAAUUAUGCCUGUUUUGUCUUUACCCUGCUGAACUAAUGGUGAAAGCAUCAAUGAAUCCCUGUGAGAGCUAAUUAUUAGUUUUAGAUAUAGUUGCCUUUUACUGGUGAAUAAAGAUUUCCUACUUACUGUAAUAUAAUAGAAACAAAUUCUUUUAAAUUUUUUAGUCAUAGGUGGAAAUAAAUUCUGAGGGAGAAGGACUUUCUCUCUGACCCUACACAAAGAAUUCUGAAGAGCUCAUCUGCUGUUAAAUAGUUGUGACUCAAAGUUUGUAUUGGGAUUGACAAACUUCACCAGAAAUGAAAAUGUUUAUGGAGAUACAGGAAGUCAGUACAUUUUUUGUAAUAGGUCAGUAAGAGUAAUUUUAAUAAACUAUUUAUGCAAAUCCAGAAUUUCCCAUGAUACUUAAACCCAAGAAAAAUAGUUUGUAAAAACUUUUUACAGUACUUAGAUGUAAAUUUUAAUCUCUGAAUCAAUUUGUUAAAUGAUAUGUUUUUGUAAUUCUCAAGACCAUGAUGUUUAAAUGUAAUACACUGUCUCUCAGACACAGGCUUACUUAAAAGUCAGUUUUAAUUUUUUUUUUUUUCUGAAAGUCAUUAUUUAGCCCCAGAGAUUGUGGGAAGAGCUUUAAAAUGCAAUCUGUACCUGCUUAGAAGUCAGGAGCCAAGGAAAAAGAACUUGUCUUUUUUCCCUUCCCUCCACCCCCCACCCUAAAGUCUUAAUUUUAAAUUGGUCCCCUUGUUUUGUAGCCCUAGUUUAUGGGUUUUGAGCAGCUGGCAAUAAUGCAAAUUGUCCACCAAAACCCCCAUUUGAAUUCUGAACAGUUUAAAGAGAUCACUUUAAUUGAAGAGGUGAAAGACUUGUUAAGCAAAGAAAAUCCGUGGUUCUUUUAAGUUCUCACAGCACUGCUGUUGAGUAAUUAAAAUAAGGAUCAUGAUGACCCUACAUUAGGUCAAAAUCCAGAUGAUUUUGUGUAAAGGAAACACUCAAUUAGAGAGGUCUCAGAGCUUCAAAUGUCUUGGAUUCAUAGUAGUGACUUAUUAAGGAUAAGUGGCACUGGCUACUUUUGUACCUGUGACUAAAAUCAUUUAUGUUGCUCUUCAGCAACCUUGCUUAUGAAAAGAAAGCAUUUCAGAAAUCUGUAUUCAUCACUGCUAAUUUGCUGUAAUUUCAGUGCUUCUCCCUAUAGCCAUGUUGCAUUUCCAUGACAAACAGCUAAGUGUAUGAUCAUUAUAAUGCCUUUAAUAGCCAUAUUGUAGGUAGAAAUAUUAACUUCUCAGGGACUAAUAGGAAAUACGAACUUGGAAUUAAUGAGCUGAAUGCCUAUCUGCAUGAAGGCUUACUUUGCAAAUGUCACCCUAGAAACUUGAUUGUAAUAUGCAUGACCAUUAUGAAUGUUCCCAAUAUAAAGUUAUGAGAGCUUCUUUUACCCUGUAUUACUAGGCUGCUAAAUGUCAAAGUAUGUUGGAUAAGGAUAAAUGAAGGGGGUUUUUUCUGAUUUGGAUGGAGUGAUUAUUUCUAAUGGUGCUACCUUCUUAACUCCUGUGUUUAUUCUUUGUAAAGUUUUCUCUGUAGGCUGGAUGAAUCAAGGGAUACUGGUGUACUAAGAAACCAGUAUCAUUCUUCUUAAGAAAGCAGAAUAAUUUCAAGGGGCAAAGUACUCUAGAAGUGAAAAAAAGUCACUGCUAAAACCAUGCAUUUCUUCUUCAUUAGAUAUCCAUUUGGACUGUUUUGUUGGUAACAGUACUUUGCAGUUCAUUACUUUUUGAACUUUCAUCUUUCUGAUAUGUCAGUCAAUGUAGGCUGAGUUAGAAACCAUGUUUGAAAAAUUAUAACGCCCAAUUCCUUGCAUGAAAGGUCAUAUGUUGACACUUGUGCUGAUGUAUGUAUGUAUCCCUACCACAUAACACAUGGGUAAUACACAUUUUUAUGAAACUACAUUUUACUGGUUUCAUGGAAGUUGUCCUUCAAAAAAGGUCUUCUGGUUUGUUUAGCUCAUUAAUAUUUCAUUAAGAUUUAUUUUGUUGAAAAGGGUUCAUAAAUGCUUGGCUCUUCAAAAUACAACAGACCAGUAGGAACAACUUAGUGAGGCAAAAGGUGAAACAUAGGAAUUAGGAGAAGCAGCACUGAAAAGAUUGGAUUUGAAGAUUAGGUUUAGAGUUCUGUGAGUAUGGCAGAAAAUAAUUUUGAACUGAAUGAAAUGGUAUUGAAUGGUGUGAGUUAAGCAAAAGCCAGCAGUCCAUUGCAGUAGCUAUGUAGACUGUGCGUUAACUUCUGUUCUCUUUUUUAUUUUGGCGUGUGAUUGAUUUAUUUUGGUUAUGCUCUAGUUGAUAGACAAUUCUGCUAUCAUGCAGAAUAAUAAUGCGGAAGGUAAGCUUCCUUCUAAACUCAGCAUCUCUUCAUUUAAAAUAGCCUGACCAAAAUGGAAUUGCUGAUGAGAGCUGCGCUGAGUGCAGAACAGUCUUUUCCUAAGCUGUAGCCUGUAAUGCAUGACUAAUUGUUUCCAAAGAAAAUUCUUGACCUGUCCAGACAGCUCCUGUCAUGUGACGGUAUAUCUAAGGCCCACAAGUAGGAUCCAGUUAGUACAAUUUGUAUUCAGGUAAGUAAGACUUUUGUAGUUAAUUGUAGUUUUUACGGAGAAGGGAACCAUUGACAAAUGCUCACUUUGAGAGAACAAAUAGAUUUUUAUGAUGUUUAUUGAAACAUGCUUUUUUCUUCUUGUUUCCUCCUCAUUUAUAGCUUAAUAAAUGAAAGUUACUUUGCUUCAUGUUGAAAACUAGACUUAGUAGUCAGCUGAAGACUUUUUUUGUUACAGUAUUUUAGGUUUAUGAAUACAUUUUUAAAGUCAUGUUUAGAAAUGUUUCAAAAAGUCAUAUUCUGAUACAAUGUAACUGAUAUUUUUAGUGGCUGUAUGUUUAAACUGGUUUCAUUGUACUGAUAUAAAUAUCUAACUCAUCCACUCCAAGUGUGUAUCUCUCAUCCUUUUAUGCUAGCAAUAGGCUUUCUAACUGGUUAGGAUAUGCAGUUUACCUACUGGUUAGUAUUGUCAAUUAACAGUUUGGUUCAGUGAGAUAACAGGGAAUGUGAAAACAGUUCCUGAUUUGAAAGGUCUAACCCAGACUCUUGUUUUCGUAAAGGAUGGAGUCUGGCAAUCAGAAUAUGAACUCAUUCCAAACAUAAAUUUGAAAGAGAAUAGUAAACUACAAAACAGUGCCUAAAUGUUGUGUGCUAAAUUAGACCAUGUGUAACUCAUGUUGCAUUAAAAGAAUUUGCAGAGACUUGCAUUGGACUGCAUGUGCUUAGGAAAGACCUGUUAAAUGUAUGAAGCAGUAAUGGUCAAUAAGUCACUGAAAAGAUGUUGCCAUCAAGAGGGAAAGCUUAAAACCCAAUAUUUUGGAGUGUGUUAAAAAUCCAUUUCAAGCAGAAAAUGUGUAAGCAAUAAUUGAACCUAAAACUGGAAAUUAAAGAAGCUGCUACUUAUAGAGAGACUUGAUGUUAAUUUUGCCUGUUGGGCAUCUCUCCUCUCACAAAGAGUUUAGAAAGAUAGGUUUGCUGUUAUUUCCACUAUUGUAACAUUCCUCUUCAAGUAUCCUAAGUCCAGAUGAGAGGCUCAAAGCUUAGAAGCCAGCACUGUGUUUACAGGGUACACAGCUUUGGGAGGAGAAGAUAGGAAUUAAAGGACUUUUUUAAGGCUGCACAAUUGUAUAUAUGCAUAUUUAAGAAUAUUUAACCAUGUCUGAUAAAUUACUGAGGUUAAUCUAUUGUUGAAUUAUAGAAUAAUAUUUAAUACAUCGACAUUGGUUUUUCCUGACCUGACCCAGAAUUGGAAAGGACUCCAAUAUAACUUUUUUAAAGCAUUUCUUAAGUUGUAUGUAUUAUAUACUAAUAAAAUACUUGUUUAACCUA